UACCUGACCGGCGAUCGGCGCGGACGCAUCCAGUUACACGAACACGUCGCGCGGACGCGCACAACGCGAAUCUCAUCUCCUUAGACGGCUUCCUGGAAAGUGGGUCUGUCAGCGCAAUGAAGCAGAGUUCGGGAUCUCUGACGCUUACUCCGGUGCACCUCAAUGGCUACGACGCAGCGGCCCCCCCUCACCAGCCACCUACGGUGACGGCGAACAAAGUUCAAGACGACGACGACGACCCGUUCGCGCCUCCCCCUCCUCACAGGGAGCGCUCGGAGUCGGUGACGUCACGCGGCAACUGGGGCAGCCGCUGGGAGUUUCUCCUCUCGUGCGUGGGUCUAUCUGUGGGCAUCGGCAACGUCUGGCGCUUUCCUUACCUCGCCUAUCAGAAUGGAGGAGGCGCCUUCCUCAUCCCGUACCUCAUCAUGCUUGCGUUGGCCGGCAAGCCCAUGUAUUUCCUCGAACUCGCCUUCGGACAGUUCGCCGGUCAGGGUCCACUCACGAUAUGGGCCUGCGCGCCCAUCUGCAAAGGCGUGGGCUACGCCAUGGUGUGCGUGUCCAUGGUCGUGGCGGUGUACUACAACGUGAUCAUGGCCUACACCAUCUACUACACCGCCUCGACGUUCCAGUCGCAGGUGCCGUGGGCGCGCUGCGAUCCGCAGUGGGCCAACGACACGCCCUGCUUCGUGCGCUCCGAAAACACUUCGGGUAUAGAUCUCAAUGAGACGAAGCCGUCGAGCCAAGUCUACUGGGAGCGUUACGUCCUGGAGAUAAGCGAUGGCCUCGAAGACCUCGGCGGUGUCAAGUGGGACCUGGCGCUGUGCCUUCUGCUCAGCUGGAUCAUCGUGGUCGCCUGCCUGGUGAAGGGCAUCAAGACCUCGGGCAAGGUGGUCUACUUCGCGGCCACCUUUCCCUACGUCAUCCUCAUCACGCUCAUGAUAACCGGCCUGUGCCAACCGGGCGCCAUCAACGGCGUGCUCUACUUCAUCACUCCUUCUUGGGACCGGCUGCUGGACAUCAAGGUAUGGCAGGCCGCAGCGGGACAGAUGUUCUUCUCGCUCAGCCUGUCCAUGGGUGGUCUCAUCAUGUACAGCAGCUACAACAAGUUCUCCAACAACGUCUUCAGGGAUGCCAUGGUUGUCAGCGUGCUCGACACUUUCACCAGCAUCAUAUCGGGAAUGGUCAUCUUCUCGGUCCUCGGUGCCAUGGCCCACGACCUGGGAAACGUCGAUGUGAAGGAUGUGGCGCAAGGAGGUCCAGGCUUGGCUUUCGUUGCGUAUCCUGAAGCACUCACGCGGUUACCCGUACCGCAACUCUGGUCCGUUCUCUUCUUCCUCAUGCUCUUCAUCCUUGGUCUCGACUCGGAGUUUGCCAUCCUGGAAACGUUCGUGACCAGCUUGUGUGACCAGAUUCCGUUCUUGCGAAAGCACAAGUGGCAGUUCACCAUGUGCAUGGGCGUCGUCUGCUUCCUCCUUGGCCUUCCUAUGGUCACUAGGGGUGGCCAGUACAUAUUUGAGAUUGUGGACAGGUUCGGAGGCAGCACGACGCUAACUUUCAUCGGUCUUGUUGAAGUCAUCUCACUCGCCUACAUAUAUGGAUAUUCCAGGUUCUCGGAUGACGUAUACUUCAUGCUGAACAGACGCCUGGGAUGGUAUUGGAAGAUCACGUGGACUGUCACUUCCCCACUUGUUCUCCUGGUGAUCUUCAUCUUCUCGAUGUUGGACCAGAACGAACCCGUAAAGUACGGAGACUACGAGUACCCUCCCUGGGCCAUCGGCAUCGGCUGGACCAUCACGCUGUUCGUCAUGUUGCAAAUACCUUUCUGGGCCAUCGUUGCCGUCCACAGGGCGCCUGGCAACACACUGAUGCAGAAAAUGCGCUUCGCCUGCAGACCAUCCAAGCACUGGGGCCCGUCCGACACGUCCCGGAAAGACCAAUGGAAGGCCGCUACGGGACAGGCACAGCCGGACGUCAAGGUUGAGCUCAAGAAGUUCUCUCAGGGCGACGCCUCCUACAGCGUCAACGGCGUCGAGAAUAAGGCCUAUGUCGUCACAGAACGGGACACUCGCUGACCAAGCCUCGGUGGCAGCUGUGCAGCGUGACGCCUGCCCUGACUGCCUUGCCUCUUCCGGGUGAUACGCCGAUGUCCAUAGUGUGUGUGUGACAUGUACGUGUGUGUGCGUACUUGUGCGUGAGUUGUGGACUCGGAGGUGACAGCCGAUUCCUUAAACCUACCCCCGCAAGUGACCAUUUCGCCGUAUCAUCGCUGCCAUAAGUGCCUUGUGCGUGUACAUUUCUUUGUAUGUGAGCCGUGAGCCAGAGCUUCGUGUCGCCAUGGGAUCCUUUAACCGGUGAUCAACAAGUGCUGCGGUGGAAUCGUGGAGUCUUCCGGCGGCCGUGUUAAAUUUAGUUCUGUAAAAAGCGCGUGGCAUGCAGACAGACCAAGAUAUAUCCGCUAACAACUGGGGUUUUGAAGAAAACACUACAGACACGGCGCCAUCUCUAUCAAUCUUCCAAUGCCAUUCGAGCACUGGUUGUCAGUCGUGAAUUAGCUAUCCCAACUCAACUCAUCUUUCCUCAUAUCAAGAUAAUAAGAAUUGUCAGCGAGUGCUUUAGCGAAGUGGAGUGCUUCGUCCACCACAGUUGACAGAGAAAAAUAGUUGCAGUUUUAUGUAUAUUGGUUU